AUGGAUAUCCUACCAUCCAAUGUCACCGACCCUUCAACUCCCCAUAAGCCCAACAUGGGUGGCGCUCAAUUCGCCUCUCAUGUAUGGAUGGAGCCUAUUAUCGUGGUCUCAAUAAUGAUUGCAUCUCUUACGUUCAAUAGACGACACGGAUACCGAAUCUUCGAAAACUCACGAGGUCGCUCACAAACCCGAUCGUUCCUGUCACGUGAUAACUCCAAUGAUUCAUCCCCGUCAGGCUCAUUCAUCGAUACCGAACCACCCAAUGGAUCAGAGCAGGACUCUCUGACCGGUACCAACAACAAGUAUCCCGCCAAGCAGCGCAACUGCUGUGGUAUGUCAGUCAAAACUCCCAAUUCGUCCCGAUUCGCCGAUCACUGGCAUAGUCGCGUCCUUCAGAAAUUCCCCUUCUUGAUUGAGAUGUUUUACUGGGUCCUCAAUUUGGCAUUUUACGCCGUUACGAAAGCAUUGGCGCAAUUGCUUUUCUCCAAGAAUGAUGGUUUGUGGCAAUUGGCGCAAGAUCAUGGUGUUUUAAUCCUGGAUAUCGAGCAUAAGUCCUGGUUGAGUUUUAUCUUCUUCAUCCGAGAGGUCGACUUCCAGCAAUUCUUCCUGAAUGGCCAUCUGACCGCCAUGACCUUCUUGAAUCGGAUAUACUCCCUCGUCCAUAUCCCAGGGACUGUCGCCUUUCUCUCUUGGUAUUAUUAUGCCGCUCCUAAUCACGCGACCUUCGCUGUUGCCCGACGAACUAUGACUCUGGGUAAUUUCGCCGCCUUCUUCAUCUUCUCCUUCUUCCCAUGUAUGCCACCUCGAUUACUUCCCAAGGAGUAUGGAUUUCAUGACACCGUGCGUCAAUCGAACUCGGAGUCCGUCUGGGUGGGAGGAAAUUAUGUCAACCAACUGGCUGCAAUGCCUAGUUUACAUUUCACCUACGCUUUUUGCAUCGGAUCCACCUUUUUGUAUCACUCCGGAUUCGGCCGACGCCUUCAGAGAAACGAAAACAGAAAAUCCAUGUUCACUCAAAUUGCAUUCCUCGUUGCAGGUGUCUGUUACCCAUUGCUGGUCCUAAGCGUUAUCGUUGCAACGGCAAAUCAUUACUGGCUGGAUGCUGUUGUUGCCAUGUGCACAACCACGCUUUCGUUCUUCGCGAACAAAGUUUGGUUCUUCUUACUGCCCGCUGAAGACGUUCUCUGCUGGGUUCUGAGGGUCGAGAAACCCGUCCCUACGACCGGUGAUCGUCUACUAAGGCAGAAGGAGAACUCGUACCGCAUUGUGAAGGAUUCAGACGAACCUUGA